AUGAUGCGCGGCGGGAUCUCCCAGCGGUGCUCGGCGUGGCGCGGCGUGACCUCGCGCAGCGUCAGCGACUGGUGCAGCAAGACGCUGCUGGAGGCCUCGGAAGCGCUGGAUCGCGGCGACGUGUCGGCCGUGCAGCUGACGGAGGCGUGCAUCCAGCAGGUGGAGAAGACGCGCGCGUUCAACAUGUUCGUGGCCACGGACUUUGAUCGCGCGCUGGACCUCGCGCGCGCGUCGGACGAGCGUCGAGCAGCCGGCAAGGCCCGCGGACUGCUGGACGGCAUCCCCGUGGCCUUCAAGGACAUCUUCUGCACGAAGAACUUGACCACCACUGCUGGAUCCAAGGUGCUAGAGGGCUUCGUGCCUCCCUACGAGUCCACGGCCACGCAGAGGCUGCUGGACCAGGGCGCCGUGCCGCUGGGCAAGCUCAACAUGGACGAGUUCGCCAUGGGCUCCGCCACGCUCUACUCCAAGUUCGGCGCUACCAUCAACCCGUGGUCGAAGGAUCUGGGCGACGGCGCGGUGGUGGCAGGCGGCAGUUCAGGUGGCAGUGCGGCGGCCGUGGCGUCUGGAUGCUGUUUUGCGGCACUGGGGUCGGAUACGGGAGGUUCCGUCCGUCAGCCCGCUGCGUACUGCGGCAUUGUGGGUCUGAAGCCGUCUUACGGCCGGGUGUCCCGUCAUGGCAUGAUUUCGUACGCGAGCUCGCUGGAUACGCCGGGCAUUUUCGCCAGAUCGGUUGGUGAUGCUGCUGUUGUGCUGAAGGCGAUUGCGGGGCCUGAUCACAUGGACUCGACCUGCAUGACUGACGCGUUGCCUGAAGCUUGGUGCUCCAACACAGUUGAGGCCUCGCAGCAAUCCAAGAAUGUGGAUCUGACGGGCGUUCGUGUCGGCGUCCCUGCUGAGUACUUCGUGGAAGAGCUGCCGAAGGAAAUUCUGAGCGUCUGGGAUAAGGGCGUCGCGUGGCUUCGUGAAGCAGGAGCGCAGGUCGUCAGUGUGUCGCUUCCGACGACGAAGUUGUGCAUCCCUGCGUACUACAUCCUAGCUUGCGCCGAAGCAUCCUCCAACUUGUCUCGCUAUGACGGUGUUCGCUACGGAUACAGGGCGAAGGACAUUGCGUUGGAGGCGCAAGAAGACCAGUCCGGUGCUCUCCAUGAUCUGUACUGCAGAACACGUUCUGAGGGCUUUGGAGAAGAAGUGCAGCGUCGUAUCCUUUCGGGCACUUUCGUGCUAUCCGCCGGUGCGAUGAGCGAUUACUACGAGCGCGGCGUGGUUUUGCGCCAACGCAUUCGCCAAGACUUCCAGCGGGUGUUCGAAGAGCAAGAUGUCGACGUCUUGUUGACCCCGACGACGCCUUCGGGUCCGUUCCCCGUCCACAACAAGAAGGCCAAGGAGGACCCCGUGAGCAUGUACCUGAACGACGUCAUGACUGUGCCCGCGAACAUGGCCGGCGUGCCUUCCAUUUCCGUUCCCGCGGCUCUAACGACCGACGGCGACUACCCGCUUGGCCUGCAGCUCAUGGGAGCUCGCAAGACCGAGGAGCGAAUGUUGCAGGUGGCCAACGCGCUCGAGCAACGUGCCAGCUUCGGCGAUCUCGUUCCGGAGCGCGUGUAUGCAACUGAAAGAUAAGAGCCGUGAGUUCGUUCGAGUGAUAAGAGUUUCUAGCAGUUCAAUCAAGGCAACCGAUAAAACAAUGGUAAUUCCUUGUUUUUCUGGC